ACUCCAGCAGGAAGGGCUAGUAUCUCGGGACACUUAAGAAGGAGGCAAGGACAGGGAAAAGGAGGAGCUAUGAUAAUAAGGGUAGGGGAACGGCGUUCGCUGAGAAGGGGAAUUCCAAGUGGGGCGGGGACACGCUAAUAAGAGAGCUGGGCUCACCCCGAGCAGCGCCACGCGCUCUCGGCUGGCCGGCCGUCUGGGGGGCGGGGAUAUGCUAAUAAGCUCUCAUUCUCUCGGCGGAUGGGUCGAGAAGCUAGCUCGGGGUGGGGCUAUGCAAAUGAGGAACCCUGUGAUGCAGUUUCUCAGGGCACCAUCUCCUAGGCCUUGUUCCAGUAGGCGGAGCUCGCGGACUCGCGCGCGGCCGUAUAUAGGCGCGCUCCGAGAAAGGAGCAAGUCCUGGGGCGAAGCUCAACCUCCGACCUGGGAUCCUAGCCAAGCUCCCGACCCGGGUGUCUGGGCUGGAUGCUGGAGGCUCCGCCCGCUAAGGGACCCAGGCUUCCGGUUCCCGCUGUCCCAGCCAAGCGGAAGACAGACUGGGAGGGAAGAUGGGGCCCUGGAGGGGGGACAGCGGGUAACUGGGCAGGGAGGGGCCGUGAGAUCACUGCAUUCCUAAUCCAUGAGCCAGUUCGCCCAAGCCGGGAUGCCUGGAUUAUGCCUGGUCUAGCGUCAGGAUUUCUGGGUCUUGAAGGAGGAGGAAGCUGAGAGCCCAGACCCCUAGGAGUACCUAGGAGAGAAUAGGGCUGGAGGCUUGGACUCCUGGGUCCCCAGAAGGAGGGGACCUGGGGGUCCUUACUACUAGGUUCGGUAAAGGAGGGAAGCUGAGGGCCCAGACUCUUGGAUCCAGAGGUUGGAGGGGCUGGGGACCCAAAAUUCUGGAUCCGAGGGAGUUAGGGUGGGGAACCCGAACACUCGGGUUAGUGUAAGGUAGUUGUUUGAGGCCAGGAAUGGUUUGAGGAUGGCUUGAGGGCCCGACUCCUGGAUUUAACAGGAAGGAGGGCUCGGCUUCUGAGUCCCAGGGAGGAGGGAAAUGUGAGUCCGGACUCCUCUGUUCUGAGUGAGAGGAAUCGGAAUUCGGACUUUUCUGUUGUAAAUGAGGAGGAAGCUGUAGGGCCGGGCUCCUUGGUUCUAAAUUUAGAGAGAAAUUGGUAUCGGGAUUCUGGGAUCCCUAGAAUGUGGGCGGGGCAACUCCCAGCUUGUCCUUUUUUUUUUUUUUUUUUUUUCCUACGGCCCAGUCCGCGGAACUACAACUCCCUCGCAUCUGUCACGCUGACCGCUCUUUCCGUCACUUCCUUUUCCGCCGCUCUUUCCGCGCGCGUGCUGGGUACUUUGGGGCCUAAUCGCGGCCUACCGCAACCCCGCCCACUUCACCCCGCACCCCGCUUGCUGUCCCCGCGCGGCGGAGGCGACGCGCGGACUACGCCUCCCGGCGUGCGUCGCGCGCACCCGGCCUAUGUGUCCUAUUGACUGCUGGGAAACUGAGUCCGGAGCCUUCCCACCAGCCUUCACGGCAGCGUGCUUGGUACUUGAAGUCCCGGCAAGCUCGGCGGUGUUUUAGCUCCACCCCUCUCCUCCCUCUGCUCGCGAGCCCCGCCCCAGCCCGCCCCGCCCCGCGCCGGGGCCGGAGCCGCAGCCCGAGCGGCGGGGUGACCAUGGAGGAAGAAGAUGAGUCUCGAGGGAAGACAGAGGAGUCAGGCGAGGAUCGGGGUGACGGUCCGCCAGACAGAGACCCUACGCUUUCUCCUUCUGCUUUUAUCUUGCGGGCCAUUCAGCAGGCUGUGGGAAGUUCCCUGCAGGGGGACCUGCCAAAUGAUAAAGAUGGUUCUCGGUGUCAUGGCCUUCGAUGGAGGCGCUGUCGGAGCCCACGUUCAGAGCCCCGUUCCCAGGAAUCGGGGGGGACCGACACGGCUUCUGUGUUGGACGUGGCUGCCGAUGGCCUCCUCGCGGGGCUGGUGAGCAUCCUGGAUCCCCCAGAUACCUGGGUUCCCAGCCACCUGGACCUGCGGCCUGGCGAAAGCGAGGACAUGCUGGAGCUGGUGGCCGAGGUCCGAAUUGGGGACAGGGAUCCAGUCCCUCUUCCCGUACCCAGCCUGCUGCCCCGUGUCAGGGCCUGGAGGACGGGCAAAACGGUUUCUCCGCAGUCUCAUUCUUCUCGACCCACCUGUGCCCGCCACCUCCUCACCUUGGGCACUGGAGACGGGGGUCCUGCACCACCCCCUGCCCCCUCCUCUGCCUCCUCUUCGCCUUCCCCUUCCCCCUCAUCAUCCUCCCCUUCCCCGCCUCCCCCUCCACCACCUCCGGCCCCCCCGGCCCCUCCUGCACCCCGGUUUGAUAUCUAUGACCCCUUCCACCCCACCGACGAGGCCUAUUCCCCACCGCCUGCUCCAGAGCAGAAGUACGACCCCUUUGAGCCCACUGGCUCCAACCCCAGCUCAUCGGCGGGUACCCCCUCACCUGAGGAGGAGGAGGAGGAGGAGGAGGAGGAAGAGGAAGAAGAGGAAGAAGAGGAAGAAGAGGAGGAGGAAGGCCUGUCCCAGAGCAUCAGCCGCAUCUCAGAGACCCUGGCGGGCAUCUACGACGACAACAGCCUGAGCCAGGACUUCCCAGGUGACGAGAGCCCGGGCGCGGACCCCCAGCCCCUGCAGCAGACUCCAGCCCCUGGCACACCGCCCCAGGCCGACUCCACCCGGGCCGACGGAGCCACCCGCCGGCGCGUCUUUGUGGUGGGGACGGAGGCGGAGGCCUGUCGGGAAGGCAAGGUCUCCGUGGAGGUGGUGACGGCAGGUGGCGCCGCCCUCCCGCCCCCUCUGAUGCCACCGGGCGACUCAGAGAUUGAGGAGGGCGAGAUUGUCCAGCCUGAGGAGGAGCCCAGGAUGGCGCUCUCCCUCUUCCGGGCCGGCGGCCGGGCCGCACGACCCCCUCCGGCGGCACCGGCGCCCCCUGCGGCCCAGCCCCCGCCCCCGCCGCCCGCCGCCCGGGCCCCCGAGGGGGACGACUUCUUGUCACUGCACGCGGAGUCCGACGGCGAGGGCGCCCUGCAGGUGGACCUGGGGGAGCCGGCCCCCGCCCCGCCCACUGCAGACGCGCGCUGGGGCGGCCUGGACCUGCGCCGCAAGAUCCUGACCCAGCGGCGUGAGCGCUACCGGCAGCGCUCGCCCUCCCCAGCCGCCGCCCCCGCCUCCGCUGCCCCCACUGGCCCGCCUACCCGCAAGAAGUCGAGGCGGGAGCGCAAGAGGAGCGGCGGCGAGGCCAAGGAGGCCGCCUCGUCCUCCUCCGGCGCGCAGCCCGCCCCGCCGGCCCCGGCCUCCCCCUGGGACCCCAAGAAGCACCGCUCCCGGGACCGCAAGCUGGGCUCCCACGCCUCGUCGUCCGCCCGCCGCCGCUCGCGGUCCCGCUCCGCCCGCCGCCGCUCGCGGAGCACCGACCGGCGCCGCGGGGGCAGCCGCAGGUCCCGGUCCCGGGAGAAAAGGCGGCGGCGGCGGCGCUCGAACUCCCCGCCUCCGGCCACCUCCUCGUCGUCGUCUUCCAGGCGCGAGCGGCACCGCGGCAAGCACCGGGAUGGCGGCGGCAGCAAGAAGAAGAAGAAGCGGUCGCGGUCCCGGGGCGAGAAGCGGUCUGGGGACAGUGAGAAGGGCCCUGCCCCGGCCCAGCCACCCUCCGGCUCCACCUCCUUGGGCGGAGAGCGCGACAGCCGCCGCCGGGGUGCCGUGCCGCCCUCCAUCCAGGACCUCACGGACCACGAUCUCUUUGCCAUCAAGCGGACCAUCACCGUGGGCCGGCCGGACAAGCCUGACCCCCGAGGCCCCUCACCGGCUCCGGCCUCAUCGCCCAAGCGCGAGGUCCUCUACGACUCCGAGGGACUGAGUGCCGAGGAGCGGGGAGGCAAGAGCAGUGAGAAGGACCGGCGCCGCUCUGGGGCUGCCUCCUCCUCCUCUUCCUCCCGGGAGAAGGGAUCGCGGCGGAAGGCACUGGACGGGGGGGAUCGGGACCGGGACAGGGACAGAGAUAGGGACAGGGACAGGUCAUCCAAGAAGGCCCGGCCCCCCAAGGAGUUGGCGCCCUCCUCAGGGCCCCCGCCAAAGCCACCUGUCAGCAGCGGUUCAGGCUCCUCGUCCUCGUCGUCCUCCUCAUCCUCCCGGAAGGUGAAGCUACAGUCCAAGGUGGCCGUGCUGAUCCGAGAGGGUGUCAGCAGCACCACACCAGCCAAGGAGGCCACCUCUGCCGGCCUGGGCUCCAUCGGAGUCAAGUUCAGCCGAGACCGAGAGAGCCGCUCCCCCUUCCUCAAGCCGGAUGAGCGGGCCCCUACUGAGGUGGCCAAAGCAGCUCAGGGCAGCACCAAGCCCAAAAAGACCAAGGUCAAGGCCAAGGCUGGGGCCAAGAAAGCCAAGGGGACCAAGGGAAAGACCAAGCCAUCCAAGACCAGGAAAAAGAUCCGCAGCGGUGGGGGCAGCAGCGGGGGCGGCAGCGGCCCUGUGACGCUGAAGAAGUCCAAGGCGGAUAGCUGCAGCCAGGCGGCGGGAGCCAAAGGGGCCGAGGAGACUUCCUGGUCCGGGGAAGAGCGGGCAGCGAAGGCCCCUAGCACCCCGCCCCCCAAGGCGGCCCCCCCACCCCCUGCUCUCACGCCCGACUCGCAGACUGUGGAUAGCAGCUGCAAGACACCUGAGGUCUCCUUCCUGCCAGAAGAGGCCACUGAGGAGGCUGGAGUCCGAGGUGGGGCGGAGGAGGAGGAAGAGGAAGAAGAGGAGGAGGAGGAGGAGGAGGAGGAGCAGCAGCCGGCCACCAGCACGGCCACCAGCACGGCUGCUGCCGCCCCCAGCACCGCCCCGAGUGCGGGGUCCACGGCUGGUGACUCGGGGGCGGAGGAUGGGCCAGCCCCCCGUGUCUCCCAGCUGCCCCCACUGCCCCCACCCCUGCCCUGGAACCUGCCGGCUGGUGUAGACUGCACUACUAGUGGUGUCCUGGCCUUGACUGCACUUCUCUUCAAGAUGGAAGAAGCCAAUCUGGCAAGCCGAGCAAAGGCCCAGGAGCUGAUUCAGGCCACCAACCAGAUCCUCAGCCACAGGAAGCCCCCCUCAAGUCUGGGGGUGACGCCAGCUCCUGUGCCCACCUCUCUGGGACUGCCCCCUGGCCCCUCCAGCUACCUGCUCCCUGGCAGCCUCCCCCUGGGGGGCUGUGGCUCUACCCCUCCCACCCCCACUGGGCUGGCUGCAGCGUCUGACAAGAGAGAGGGCAGCAGCAGCUCCGAGGGACGUGGUGACACAGACAAGUAUCUGAAGAAGCUGCACACACAGGAGCGGGCAGUAGAGGAGGUGAAGCUGGCCAUCAAGCCGUAUUAUCAGAAGAAGGACAUCACCAAGGAGGAGUACAAGGACAUCCUGAGGAAGGCCGUCCACAAGAUCUGCCACAGCAAAAGUGGGGAGAUCAACCCGGUGAAGGUGAGCAACCUGGUGCGCGCCUACGUCCAACGCUACCGCUACUUCCGCAAGCACGGCCGCAAGCCAGGGGAUCCCCCAGGGCCCCCACGGCCGCCCAAGGAGCCGGGACCCCCUGACAAGGGCGGCCCAGGCCUGCCCCUGCCCCCUCUCUGAGAUCCCCAGCCGCCCCUUUCCUCCUUCGCUGCCUCUCUGGAAUUCUGGACGUAUUUAUGGCUCCGCCUCCCUACGUCCCUCCCCUGUCAGUGGGAUGAUUGGGGGAGGGUUGCUGCGGGAAAGAGGAGAGCCCCCUGCCCAGCCCCACUGCCAUCUUCCUCGCCCCAAGCCUGUGCCCAUUGCCCCUCCCCUCUGUUCAUGCCCCUACCCCAGUUUCAUUAAAGAUUUCAUGAAAUGUUACCCCUGAGCCCCAUGACUUUUAGCCCUUUCUUUUCAGAGUCCAGUUUGGGAAAGGGUUGGGGAGGAGCCUUGGCCCAAGUGUGAGGGUGGUUAGUGGGGAAGUAGACGGUGUGACUUGGGAAAAGUGCAUUCCUCUCACUGGGCCUGUUUCUUUGUCUGUAAAGUGGGUGUUGUGAGGAUUAAGAAAGACGCAGGCGGGUGAAGCACUUAGAACUGGACCUGGCACAUAGGAAGCCGUUGCUAUUGACAGAGAGUGGUGGUGUUGGGAGGGAGAGCUCCCUGCCCCACCUUACCAGCGUCUGCCCAGCUCAGGGCCUCUAGGUGCUAUUUGUCUAAUCCUUGAAUUGCCCCAGAAACAGGAUCUUUGUCCUCCAUUCAGUUGGAUUCUCUUUUUACCAGUCCUAUGAGGCUGGGGUGAUCUAAUUGACUCCCCCGAGAUGGAGAGGGAAACUGAGGCACAGAACAGCAAGGGCCACACAGUGAAUAAGGGCUGUGCUGGCCUCCAUCAGUCCCUGUUACCCAGGACCCAGGCGCGAUGAGGAGAGGUGGGUGAACCCAGGCUGCGGGGGGAGGGUGGGUUCUGGUUGGGGGUGGGCUCAGAAUUCCUUUACAGCUGGCCCUCGCAGGCCCACACGGAGGGGAGCCCAGGGCCCGGAAAGGAGCAGGACUUGCCUGAGGUCACCUAGCAGGAGUUGGGAGGGGACCCAAGGCCCCUGACAGGCAGGACGGUCAGGCGAAAGGCUCUGUGCUUACUGGACGUCAGCCUGAACGGUUUAUAGGCAAGAUGGGGGUUCCAGAUUGAGCCCCAAGGCCGCCCUCAAAGAGUGGCAACCUUAGAGUCA